AUGUCAACGGCCACUUCUUCCGCAGCCAGCUUGCAUGGAAGAUGGGAAAAACUUUUUAAAGUGUCUAUCUAUCUCAAGAAGAAGGAUGAUAUUUCGGAUCAAAAGUUUUCAGACUACUACGCGCAAACGCACGCUGCUCUCGCUGGGCCCGUUCUGCUCAGACACAACUGCGUUUCGUAUACCCAGUUCCACUGCAUGAGCGAAAAGGCGAAACAGCCGCUCACAUCCAUGUUUGGCCCAGAUGUACUGAGCCCUCAGAACCCAAUGCAGCUCAUGCCAUACGAUGGCUGUUCCACUUUCGUCUUUGCCAAGCUGGAGGAUGCGCAGGCUUUCUUCCUCGACCCGGAGACGACUACUGUCUUGGGGCCUGAUUCCGUCAACUUCACCAACACCGCUACGCUGCAGAUCGCUAUUGGCGAAGAGUUCGUUGCUAUCCAGCAAGGACAGGCGCAGCACGAAUGA